GGGCGGACUCGCUGGGACGGUUUCCGGGGUUUCCCUUCCUGGGCUGGGACAGCGGCGAGAGGCAAAAACGCUCCUGUCGAUUAAGAUUAUCUCAAAGUUACGCUCAGGCUCUUCGGACAGCCAGUAAACCGUAGCAAUGUCUCAAUCUGGAGAGAAAGGGAAGUUCCCAGAUGCAGCAGGUUAUGUAGGGUUUGCCAACCUCCCAAACCAAGUGCACCGAAAGUCUGUGAAAAAAGGGUUUGAAUUCACCCUGAUGGUUGUAGGGGAGUCUGGUUUGGGCAAAUCAACACUUAUAAACAGCCUGUUUCUUACUGAUCUCUACCCUGAACGCUACAUCCCUGGUGCUGCAGAGAAGAUCGAGAGGACGGUGCAGAUCGAGGCAUCGACCGUGGAGAUCGAAGAAAGAGGAGUGAAGCUUCGCCUCACCGUGGUCGACACCCCUGGAUACGGAGAUGCUAUCAACAGCCAGGACUGCUUUAAGACCAUCAUCCAGUACAUUGACAAUCAGUUUGAGCGAUACCUUCAUGAUGAGAGCGGACUCAACCGAAGACACAUAGUGGACAACAGGGUGCACUGCUGCUUCUACUUCAUCUCUCCAUUUGGACACGGUCUAAAGCCUCUGGAUGUGGAGUUUAUGAAGGCCAUCCACAGCAAAGUUAACAUAGUCCCGGUCAUUGCUAAGGCUGAUACACUGACACUGAAGGAGAGGGACCGCCUGAAGAGGAGGAUCCUGGACGAGAUCGCAGAGCACGGGAUCAGAAUUUAUCAGCUACCUGACGCAGACUCUGACGAAGACGAGGAGUUCAAGGAGCAGACCAGAGUCCUCAAGGCGAGCAUUCCCUUUGCUGUCAUUGGCUCCAACCAGCUCAUUGAGGUAAAGGGAAAGAAGAUCCGAGGUCGUCUUUACCCAUGGGGAGUUGUGGAGGUGGAGAAUCCCGAGCACAAUGACUUCCUCAAGCUCCGCACCAUGCUUGUGACCCACAUGCAAGACCUGCAGGAGGUAACUCAGGAUCUGCAUUAUGAGAACUUCCGCUCAGAGAGACUGAAGAGAGCGGGCAGAGCUGUGGAUGAGGAUGUGGUGGAUAAGGACCAGAUCCUGCUCCAGAAAGAGGCCGAGCUGAGACGCAUGCAGGAGAUGAUCGCUCAGAUGCAGGCACAGAUGAAGAUGAAAACAGACGAGUAAAAGGGUCGAAGCAGAAGGGAGGCACAACAAACACACACACACACACACACAUGCACACACACACACACACACUCCUGGUCCUCCUGGUCCUCCUCUGAGUCCAUCCCUGUCUGCUGCCACCAUCCACCUUCCAGGAGUUUCCACAUCAUCAUCUCCUUCCCUCCAGUCAUCCAUCCAUCAGAUGUUCAGGAGCUCCACACUGAUGUUUUUGUUUGUUUUUAAAUUUUUCUUCUUUAAAGACUCCACUUAACAAUCAUGUAUCAACUAUUUUGUGAUUUUGUGUGUCCUAGUUUUCUGCGAGCGACUUGAUAGACUUAAUAUACAGUGAAAUGUUCGAAUAGUGGAUGAUAAUUGUUGUUAAUUUAAUCUAGAUCUUAACAUUAUGGUCCACAGAGCUGCCAGCGACAACGGUACUAAGAGGUUUUGCCAUCACACUAACAUGUUUACAAAAAUGAGUCCAGUCUUCAGAUGGCACCAUUUUCCAUUUAUUUUGCUGUCAGUUUAAAACUAGUUUUGAAUAUUUUUUAUCUUAAAAGUAAAGAACUGUUUGCUUCUCAUGUCUUUCUGUUUGGCUUAUGAGUAAUUCUCAAGCCCAACGUCUUUACCUCUUUCAGACCUUCAGUGCCUCUUCAUCACUUCACAACUUUAACGUUAGCCAAGUGCUGUUUGUCUCCAUCUGAUUAUGCAAUAAAUAUAAAUAUCACCACAGUAAAUGUGGUUUAUAAUGAGGUUAACUUUCCCUGUCGAGAAUGAGGAAUGUGCCGUUCAUGUGCCGGGAUUUCAGGUGAAAUAUUUGUCCUUAAUUGUGUUAAAAUAGAAAUUUUAUUUUGUAGCCAACAACACAAACUUUAGAAGUUGGUUUGUUUGGUUUUUAGGAUGCAAAGCUACUAAAAACAAGUAGUGAGAAUAAUACUACACUGUUAAUAAAGACAAACACUCAGACUGUAUGGAAAUGUUAUAAAGUGCCAUGUUGUUAAUAUUGUUAUGAUGUUGUCGUCAUCGAAAGCUGCGUGAUCUUAGUGUCUGUGCCAAACCACGACUACAGACUGAAAACUAAUCGCACUCUCCAGUCUGGAAACUAAAUAUGAGCUCACAUUUGCACCAGUGACGUCAUUAAAUGUGUAAAAUGUGACGUGUUUGUACACUACAUGAGCAGUCCGUCUUCAUACUACUUGGGCUUUUCCACUUUAUAAAAUCAGAUACUAUAUUAUGUAAUUGUUGUAAGUGUAAAUUCCCUCCAGCCUUCUGUCAGCAGCAGACUAAACCGUUUAACUUUGCUGUCACUGAUGUGCCAUUCAGAAUUUCUGUUUUGUUUUUCUGUUUUCUUUUGUUCUUCUAUGCAAAUAUUUGUCAAAGGUACUAAGACAAACAUAAUUAUUACUUGUUAACCAUAUGUCCGUUUUUAGGCUUCAACAUUUUUUUUUUUUUGUAUU